CUCUGCGUUAUGACCCGGCUGCUGAGCUACGUGAACCCCUUGGAUCCCAGCUUUGUGGUUGCUGUUCUUACCAUUGCCUUCAACCCGCUCUUCUGGAAUGUGGUCGCACGAUUGGAGCAGAGGACCCGCAGGCUGAGCAAGGCCUUGGGGUCUCCCUAUGUGGCCUGCUACACGCUGGGUGGCAUCAUCCUGUUCCUGAACCUGGUUCGCUCACACUUUUUCACACUGGCCAUGCUGAGUCAACCCAAGAUGGAGAGCCUGGACAAUGCUGUGGCCUACCGAGUGGGCCUCGCCCUCCUGGGAGUUGGUACCGUGUUUGUGCUCUCCAGCUUCUCUGCACUGGGCUUCACUGGAACCUUCCUAGGCGAUUACUUCGGGAUCCUCAAGGAAGCCAGAGUGACCGCAUUCCCAUUCAGUGUCCUGGACAACCCCAUGUACUGGGGCAGCACUGCCAACUACCUGGGCUGGGCCGUCAUGCAUGCCAGCCCGACUGGCCUACUGCUGACAGCGGUCGUGGCCCUCGUCUACGUGGUUGCGGUUCUCUACGAGGAGCCCUUUACAGCAGAGAUCUACCGGCUGAAAGCUGCCAAGGCCAAGAGGAGCUGA